UAGGAUUAACUUUUAGUAAUUGCUACUAAGGCUAUGUUCCAAAACGUACUCUCCGAGGAAAAUUUUACUCCGAUGGUCAUUCCGAAACUUUUUUGAGCGUCUCUGAUUGGUUCCAGGUUCCAGGCUGGCCAUCGAGUAAAAUUUUCCUCGGAGAGGAAAUUUUACGCCGUUUUGGAUCUUAGCCUAAAUAACUUUUCCUCUUUCGCACCUACAAUGAGUUACAAGGAAAAUUUUAAUAUUUUCGUGGGUGGAAAAUCGGGUGUUUUGAAAGGAAUAAAAAUUGGAAGAAAGACGGAUAUAAUUAAAAAUAUACAGGACUUGGUUUCUAUUACGGAAAAUGAUCAAGUUACAACUGUCGCGUGGGGCAACGAUGACGAACGAGAAGUUUUAAUAGCAUGUGGUAUAAAGGGGGACAGAAGAGUAAAAAUAUAUGACUCCGAGAGUUUAGCAUUCGCAUGUUCGUUUCCUUGUAAUACAGGUCAAGGAAGUAUUACUGGAAUAUCACGAUAUGACAGAUCUGUUUUGAUAGCAGUCAAAUCUGGGGAAGUAAGUUUGUGGCCAUUUGACAGAAAAGAGGAGAUAUUAAUAAAUGCUGGAGAAAAUUUAAGUAGAAUGCGUCACUCGUGUACACAAAAAAACAUAAUAGCAACUGGAGGACUAGAAAAUAGGCUAAAAUUAUUUGAUUUAGAAAAGCAAGAAUUAAUAUUCAGUGAGAAAAAUCUUUCGCAUGACUGGCUGGAAUUAAGAAUACCAAUUUGGAUAUCGGAUUUGAAUUUUUUGCCAGGAACUCAACAAAUAGCCACUGUUGGCAGAUAUGGGCAUGUACACUUAUACGAUCCAAAUGCGCAAAGACGUCCUGUAAUAAAUUUAACGAUUCAAGAUGAAGCUUUGACCUGCUUAAGCACGACACUCAAAGAGAAACAUAUUAUAGUGGGUUCGGGUAAAGGUAGAAUGAAUCUCGUUGAUCUAAGAAAACCAAGCACUGUAUUGAACACAUACAAAGGAUUUGCCGGAGGUGUAACCGGGAUGGCAUGCAACAUGAAUAGUCCAUAUGUUGCAAGCGUUAGUCUCGAUAGAUAUUUGCGAAUACAUCAUAUCGAUACAAAAGAAAUUUUAAAAAAAAUUUACUUAACAUCGAGAUUAACGUGUUUGGUAAUGAGAUCGGAUUUCUCUAUAGAAACAAGAACUGAGCAUAACUCUGCAAAGAAUAUUUGUCAAUAUUUAUAAUUUUAUAGGAAUAAAAAAUUUUAAUCCUUUAUAAGUGUGUGUGUGUGUGUGUGUGUAUGUAUGUAUGUAUAUAUAAAUUCGCCCUCACACAUCCUAUAAAUUUCAUGUUUUUUAUACUCUAUACUUGAAUCACAAAUUAUACAUAAUUUAUUUUAGAAUGCAUCACUUUUGCGUACGUAUAGUUUUCUUCUUUUUUUCAACAAAAAACAUUAAUAUAUUUAGAAUUAUUAUGAAAUUAUUUGGAAUUUAAAAUCUUGCAAAUCAAGAAGUGGAUUCGGACAUUGGCAUCUGAGAGAGGAAAGAAAUUUAGAGUCGUUAAAUAAAACAUUCAUAGUAUAUAUAUUUUGUCAUUUGGCAAGACUGUUGUCUCGCGUUUUGAACUUUAAACAAGAAACAAGGAUUGAACAAGGAACAGGAAUAAUAUGCUGUCAAUUUAAUUAUAAUUAUGUGUAAUGCAUAAAAGCAUUAUUUGUUGAUUAUUUAUUGUACAAUUUAAUCAUCAUUAAUAUCUCAUUGAUAGCUUCUAUUUUGGUUCUUCUUAGUCGCAGCGUGUACCGAGUUCAAUCGCUUAUUUCUUUAAACUCGUCUCUCUAAUAUUAUAUAGAAUGAAGAGAAGCGCUAAAUAUUUUCUCCGACUAUUUCUACUAUGCCCUCAACAAGUAACAAGUUGUGUCAAAGCCAAGGUUGCAGUGUACGCUGCGGUAUAGCAUAAUCUUUAGUAACUUUAAGUAAAAGAUGGUAAAUGUGGCAACUCGCAAGAUGUUGCAACAAACGCAUUUUGUGCUAAAAAAACAAAAUGAAUAAAUAAAACAACGCUCGCGACUACAGCACAUUAAAUAGUACUUCUCAGCUGUACAAAAAUCUUUGUUCAAACUACGCUUCCUGUUAAUUAAUACUAAUAUUUAACUUGUCGUAUUUCGCGACUGCGCUUACAACUCGAAUAGAAUAUUUAUAUUUGUAUUCCAUGUCUCUCUUUUAUAUAUACAUUUACUACAUUUACAGGCACUAUCCCCCUUCAAAGUCGAAUAGCCAUCCUUCAAAAUCGAGUAACUCUCCCUAUAACAUUAGCAUGAAUAUGAAAAUAAAGAUUGGCAUCAAACGGUAUAAAAUUUUUACAAAUUUACAUUUUAUGAGGCGAAAAAAAGUUUUUGCAUAGUUAGAGAUAAAAUUUUUCUGGAUAGUACUCGUCUUCCACUGUAAGAAUACUUCUUCCAAUCUAUUGUAAAACUUUUUCAUAUAAAACGAUAUUGUAACUAUACAUUCCAGCUAAAAAAAAACUCAUAAUUUGCAUUUCCUUCACGAAAUAUGACGCAAUAAUAAUUAUUUAUAUAAUAACGCAGGGUUUUACUCAUUGUUCACAAAGAAAGAAAAUUUAACAUGGCAAUAAAACUUUAAUGCCAUACAUACCAUUGAUGAAUAAAAGCAUUUAUCCAUUAUAGAUUAUACGUUUCUUAAUAAGUCACCAGUGCUGUUAAGAUGAUUCAUUUAUUAUACAAGAUCAGUAAUUAAAGAUUAGAUAUUUGAUAGCAUAUUUUCAAGAUAAAUUUAAAAAAAA